UUAUUUGACGUUUUCUUUCCGAUUGAAGAAUACGAAAUCGAUGGAGCAGUUUUCAUCGGUUUUAUAAAAUUUAUUGUGUGUUGCAAUUUUGGCUGCCAAUAGGGGAAUACAUGCCAUGGCUUCCUCUUCCAACGUAAAUGGUAACCUUGUUGAUGAGUUGGAAGAAGCUUUUCAGUCAUGCAUUCAUGCCCUAACAAAAGAAGAAUCUGCAACCGGCGUAGAUAAGGAUGAAAUCAAGCUGGAAGUAGAUCAAACGACACUGAAAUUUAUUGAUUUGGCGCGUCAAAUGGAAGCAUUUUUCCUGCAAAAACGUUUCCUUUUGUCCGCACUCAAACCGGACUUGCUGCUAAAAGAGGAAAACUUUGAUCUCAAGCAGGAGAUAGCCAGAAAAGAUGAGUUGAUUCGUAAGCACUACGAAAAAAUUGAAUCAUGGAAAAACCUGCUAUCGGAUCAACAAAACUACAAUAAGCCGAUCCAAGCGCUUCCCCCAGAGAUGCGUGGUAACCUGGCGGGUGGAGCUCCAGGUGUUCCGGGCAUGAUGCCCGGCGGAAUGGGAAUGCCGAUGCAGAAUUCGAUGCAAGUUCAACAAAUGCAAGCCCAACAGCAGCAAAUGCAAAUGCUCCAGGCUCAGCAAAUGCAGCAGAUGCAAUCAAUGCCAAUAGGGGCUAAUCCACAACUUUUUCCUCAACCCGGCGGAGGUCGUGGUGUUGGAGCUGGCGGCCCUGGUUUUCAACAAAGUCAAAAUCUCCAAGGACCGUUAGCUUAUUUGGAGAAAACUGCUAGCAAUAUAGAUCUAGUUGGAAUGGGAGACGGUCGAAGGUGACGCGGGCGGGGCAGGGGGCGCGGAAGAGGUCGUGGUCGUGGCAGAGGCCGCGGGCGUGGAAAUGCUCCCGAGUUUCAUAGCGGAACGUUAUCUUGAGAAAGGAUCAUUACUUUGCCACGGUAGACGUCGUCAUUAGUUUAUAUUACAAUAUACAAACAGCAGUGUCCACUCUAAAAGCAGUAAAAAAUUAACCUUAGCAAUCCAAUGCUCCUUCAACCUGCUACCAACAUAUGAAAAAACCUAUCGUUUUGGCUCAUCUAUACCUCAAAAAUUUAAACGAAGAAUACAGUCGUUCCAAUCACAGGCAGCAAGACCAACAUUCGAGAUAUAGAAUAACCAUUCAAAAUUGCGCUUAAUUGAAUUGUGAAUCGGUUGUGUGUUGUAGUGUAAGUCUAAUACCUUGUCCUGAUCAUUUUCAAAAAGAUAAACAAACGUUACGCUGUGGGGCGCUUUGAACCCGAUUAAAAAUAAGAAAGAAUGGAAAAACAAGCUUCAUCGGAUUGAUUUAAAUCGAUUUUCCAAUCGUGAGCGAGAUGAAAUUCUGUCGCUGAGAAGCGCUUAAUCUUCGAGAAACAAAUUUGUUGCAGUCGAGUUAAGCAGUUAUGAUUUUGUACAGUUCACGGAUAGUUUUCUUCGUUUUAUUUCGAUUGCCACUCAUUAAGCAUUAUGUCCAGUUUCCCCCGCUAUUUCAGGGCCAAUAAUUUUUUCCUGCUUUUAAAUCUCUGGACAGGUAAAAGCUCCACUAUUGUAAGAGUUUUAGUUUGUCCUAAUAUAUCUAACAGUAAUGAAUAAACAUGUGUCGUAGAUGAAAAGA